CCAAAAGUAUGGAUCCAAACGAAGACAAUUCUGAGAUACCGGAUAGUCCUUUUAGCUUCAUGUGGCUACUAUUUGGAGACGACUGGGAUCUAUGGGACACUUACUCACCAGUUGAUGCUGAUGACAUCUCACCAGAUCCAACGCUUGAUGUGAACGGUGAUGGUCCGGCAAUAGAGCCCGGUUCCCUUCUGAGGACAAUUAGUUGGGAAACAACGUUCGAGCAGGACUCGUUACAAUCAUGGAACGAUGAACAAUCUGAAACAACAUCAGUAGUAGAGUAUACAGAUGUAUCUUCUCAUGGAAACACCUUCACUAACGAGGAAGAAACGUUGGAGCGUUACUGGAGAAACUGGUUACAGUCAUCGACCAAUGAACAAUCUGAAACAGGAUCACAAGAAGAGUAUACAAAUGCAUCUUCUCAUGGAGGCACCUUCAUUUACGAGGAAGAAACGUUGGAGCAGUAUUGGAGAAACUGGUUACAGUCAUCGACAAAUGAACAAUUUGAAACAGAGUCACUAGAAGAGUAUACAAAUCCAUCUUCUCAUGGAGACAUCUUCACUUACGAGGAAUUAUUGAGCAUCACUGACGAAACAGGAGAUGAACGCACUGGUUUAAGCGAGGAAGUGAUUGAUGAGAAUCUAAUAAGAAGGAAAUAUGAAAAGCGUAGCGACGAUGAAACGAAGAGAUGUGUGAUCUGUCAGCAGAAAUUGAAGGACAAUGAAGAAGUUUCGAAACUGGGAUGUGGGCAUGACUUUCACUUCGGAUGCAUCAAGAAUUGGCUAAUGGUCACGAACAAGUGUCCUCUUUGCAACCGAGAAGUCGUUUAAAUGUUUUAUCAAGUUUGAAAG